AUUGGAUAAAUCUUAUUGGAAAGAUUUGGAAUUUUCAACCAUUAUAAUUAUAAUGGUAAAACUCAAAAUGCAUGCAAUAGAAGAACAUUUAGACUGAUUUUGCUUCUACAGAAUAAGCUUUAUUUUGACAUUCUUUUCUAUUUCGAUAGAUAAUGAUUGUUUUGUUCAUUACUGUUUGCGAACUAUUUGUUAAGGAGUUCAUUCAUUUGAUAAUUGCCGGAAACACUUGUAACAUAUGUCCAGUAUCGCAAAAGGUUAUUGCGAGACUUGUCACAUGCACGAAGUUUUUGGCUGUCUUCUAGGCUUGUUCUGUAUAAAGUAAAUAAUUCCCAAGUGAUCGGAUUCAAACAUGAGCAUGAAGAAGAAGCAGUCGGAUGGUAUUAAACAACAGGCCAUUCAUAUCCUCUCCAUGAUGAAAAAACAGAACGAGAAGUUAGAGGACAAAAUGAAAAAGUUGGUCAAAACGGAUAUAGUUACUGCCAAAAGAGUGUUCGAAUCGGACGUGGACGGGUGGACGCCCGUACAUGCCUGUACCCUGAAAGGAAGCAAGAACCUGCUGAAAAUCAUGAUCAGUUCCGGGAUAGAUGUCAAUUUCCGAAUGGGCCAACCGGAAGGACUUCCCGGGGAGUGUUCCCUGCUCCACAUAGCAGCGUACAGGGGCGAUGUCAAAAUCUGUAAAUAUCUGAUCAGUCGCGGUGCUCGCGUCGACAUCCAGGAUGGCUGUGACAGGACUCCACUGUAUUACGCGCAGACGAAACAACACAAUCGAGUUGUUGAGUUGUUAAAGCAGAAGGACAGAGGUUUGACUCUGACAAACAAAGAUCAGGACAUCGUGAUGGUGGACGAGUGCCCCACCCCACAACCCAGCAAAUUCUGUUUCUUCCCUCAACUGAAAAGUUGACAUAAUUAUGUUUUUACAUGCUAUGGAUUGCUCGGACGACUUAUUUAUUUUUAUUUAAUUUGUUUAAGUUUUUUUGCAAUUGAAAGGUAAUUGUUAUAAGAGUAUGGUAUUCACUUUUAAGAUUUAUUAUUCAACAUGAGUUUCGAUAAACAAUUUUUGUCACUUUUAGUGCAGGAUGUAAUAUUGUAAAUGUAUUAUAACAUAUACAUGUAAUAUUAUAUAAAUAGUGCCUGUUUGGG